CCACCCGCAGGCAGUCUCCUCGCCGCUCACCGGUUCUAUGCGCUCUGUGGCAGCUGUAGCCGGGCUGGUCGGUAAAAUCGAUGUGGAAUCAAUAACCAAAGGAGAACCUCAGAAAGCAGGGUUUUUACUGGAUGAGGGAUGCGCCAAAAUAUCAAUUAUAUCCCUUCAGUGUUAAUUUGAGCAUCGUUUAGUUCUGAAGCGAAUUCGGUCUUCUCGGUCGCUUGUGACCAAUUCGGACGCCGCUCCUGCGGAAGCGCAGGCUAAGUUGUCUCCGCGGAGAAUGAAAUAAACGCGCCAAACGGCAUGGAGACGGGUCGCGUGAAGUUGACGGUGGCCGUGCUGUGUGCGGCGGUCUCGCUGGCAGUUGGGACCAUUGAAGCCCCCGGGGAGUUCAUGUCCCUGGCGGAGAUGGAGGACGCCCUGCUGCGGAACCUCUUCCGGGGGUACCAGAAGUGGGUACGGCCCAUCCUGCACGCCAACGACACCAUCACCGUCCGCUUCGGGCUGAAGAUCUCCCAGCUGGUGGACGUGGAUGAGAAGAAUCAGCUCAUGACGACCAAUGUCUGGCUUUGGCAGGAGUGGACGGACUGCAAGCUGCGCUGGAACCCUGAGGACUACGGCGGCAUCACCUCCAUACGCGUCCCCUCAGAGAACAUCUGGCUGCCCGACAUCGUGCUGUAUGAGAAUGCGGACGGGCGUUUCGAGGGCUCCCUGAUGACCAAGGCCAUCGUGCGGGCCAACGGGACCAUCAUGUGGACCCCCCCAGCCAGCUACAAGUCGGCCUGCACCAUGGACGUGACCUUCUUCCCCUUCGACCGGCAGAACUGCUCCAUGAAGUUCGGGUCCUGGACCUAUGACGGGAACAUGGUGGACCUGGUGCUGGUGGACGACCACGUGGACCGCAAGGACUUCUUCGACAACGGCGAGUGGGAGAUCCUGAACGCCACGGGCGCCAGGGGAACCCGCCGGGAUGGGCUCUACGCCUACCCCUUCCUCACCUACUCCUUCAUCCUCAAGCGGCUGCCCCUCUUCUACACGCUCUUCCUCAUCAUCCCCUGCCUGGGGCUGUCCUUCCUCACCGUGCUGGUCUUCUACCUGCCCUCCGACGAGGGCGAGAAGCUGUCCCUCUCCACCUCCGUCCUGGUGUCCCUCACCGUCUUCCUGCUGGUCAUCGAGGAGAUCAUCCCGUCCUCCUCCAAGGUCAUCCCGCUCAUCGGCGAGUACCUGCUCUUCAUCAUGAUCUUCGUCACCUUCUCCAUCAUCGUCACGGUCUUCGUCAUCAACGUGCACCACCGCUCGUCGGCGACCUACCACCCGAUGGCGCCGUGGGUGAAGAGCCUGUUCCUGCAGCGGCUGCCCAGGCUGCUGUGCAUGCGGGGGCACACCGACCGCUACCACUACCCCGACAUCCAGCUGCGCAGCCCCGAGCUCAAGCCGCAGAGCCGCCGGCAGCAGCAGAGGGCGCUGGUGAGCAAGGAGGACGAGAACCACGCCUGGCUGGCCAUGCUGGAGAAGGCCACCAGCUCCGUGCGCUACAUAUCCCGCCACAUCAAGAAGGAGCACUUCAUCAGAGAGGUCGUGCAGGACUGGAAGUUUGUGGCUCAGGUGCUGGACCGGAUCUUUCUGUGGGCCUUCCUCACGGUGUCCAUACUGGGCACCAUCCUCAUCUUCACUCCAGCGCUCCAGAUGUACUUAAGCACCCCUCCCUGAGCCCCGCCCCCCCACCACGCACCCUGUCCUGACCCCACCCCCAUGGCACACCACGUCCAAUCACAAUGAGGCAAGAGGGUGUUACCAGGGGAACCAGCUCUGGCCUGUCCCAGCACAUCCGUCUGUAGUUUAAAGGGUUUUAAAGGGUGGACCAGUUGUAUUAUAUACUGUAAUAAAAAAGAGCACUUUCCAUUGAGUCUUGGCUGUAAAAUAUUUUGAAUACCUGAGUUGAUCCAAUAUUUGUAUAAAUGUGCUUGUUUUUUAUUUGAAUGACUAUCAUUCUUUUUUUUUUUAAAGUCUGAAAUUAUCCGCAUACCUGUGACCAACACCAUCGCCAUGUCAACCGAUGGACACAUGAUCCCAAUCACCAAUUACAGCGAAGAAAGAGAGGAGGGCGGGGCUACAGAUUGUCAGGUGUGCUGCUCUGAUAAGGGGGACUUCUGCAUCACAGACACUGGUUUCCUGCUCACUCAGCCUCUUUCCCACACUAACUGUCUCUCACUGGUGUGUGGUGAGCAUUCUGGCACAAAAUGGCUGCCAUGCAUCACCCAGGUGAGUGCUCACAUUGGUGGUGGGUGAGGUGAGUUUCCCCCUCAUCGCUGUAAAGCGCUUUGAGUCCCUGAGCAGUGAGCAAAGCGCUUCAUUAGUGAACGGAAUUAUUAAUUAAUUAUUCAUUGUUAUUAAUUAUUAUUGUGUCCUCCUGGAGGUGUUUUCUUUUUUGCCUGCUACAUAAAUGUAAAUGUUUCUGUAAAAAAAUCUACUAUCGAGCAUGUUGUUAUUUAAAUAAUAAAAAUGUCUGUACCUCCACAUGUGGCUGGAAGAUAAAGCUUUUUAUGUAUUCAAAAAUAUGCAGAAUCAGUCGAGUGUUUAAAGAGUGUGUUUAUGAAAGUAACAGAUGGGAAAUUUUGCUGGAGCAAGAUGCUCCAAGCAAGGUACACUUAAAUGAAAAGCUUGCCUUCGUUAAGAAGCGUGUAGCUUCCACACAGGAAGUGAAGCUGGCAGACUGUUUGUCCAUUUCAGCCUCAUUGAGUCUG